GAUGCUGCUGUUUGCCGAACGAUUUCAAAGGAUCGCUCUUUUCCCCGCUUUUUCUCGAUUAUUUGUCUAUUUUUCAUCUAGAUUUUAGAGAAAUUUCCCUUCCUUUCACUUUGUCUUUUCAYCGAUUCAUMGUCCACAUCCCCAAGCUCUCCAUCUGUCAAAACCAAACAUGAAUUAAGUGAUUUCACUAUUCUUGGCGGGCUUAUAAUGUCAAUGUGAAUAAGAUGUCUUUUGGAAGCGAAGAAAAUGGAGGGAAACUCGCCGAUCAAGAAUAAUGCCCUAUUUUGUCAUCAUUCUCCAUUCGUGGUCUUCUGUGAAGGUUUGGUGGUGUAGUCGAAUAUUGUUAUAGUAUGCAAACUAUGACCCAUUCAGUUGCCUUAGUGGCCGGCUUGGCCACAGGAAUCCCAGUCAUCUUCCUUGUCUUCGUAUAUGUGACGUACUGCUGCUGUAGACGAAAACAGAAGAACGAGCUUCUACAACAAGAGCCACGCCUUUGGAGAAGAGAUGCCCGGACGCGUUCAUCACAUGAUCUUUUCAUCCCAGCCUAUGUUCCUCGAUUUGUUCAAAAAUUCGUUCAAAAUUCCUCCAAAAAUAACAGUGAAACCUCUUCGACACAGACCUCCCCGGUUGACGACAAGACAUUUUUUAGCGAGGGCUCCGAACCGUAUCGAACAGCUCCCGAUGAUAUUGGAACAGCCGAUCGAGAGUGGACUGGGGGCUUGAGUGAGCUCCAGGUCCCAGAGGURCGACGGUCAUCGUUGCUUGCCAGUACCUCGAGCGGAGAAAGUUCUGAGAGCACAUACGAACACACGCCGAAAAAAUGCAUUGGUCCCAGRUCUCCWCGCGCUGCAUCGGCAUCGAUGUCAGAUAGCAAAUCCUUUGAAUUCGUUCGUCCAAUUCCUGUUAAGCCACUCAUCACCAUAACUCGUGCCGAGUCUCUUUCAAAAGACGACUUGAAUGCCCGGAUGGAAAGUACAAAGUAUACCGCUGACAAUGAAGACGUGAGGCAGGCUCAUUCCGACUCACAAGUGUCRUACAAGAAACAAAGACAAUCACCGGCCAAAAAUGUAGAAAAUAUUAAUCAGCCUGAUCGCUCAAGAUCACAAAGUACGUCCUCUCGGAGUCAAGAAGGUCAAAGAAGUGAUMCAUCAGCCAAAAUACCAAUGAAUAUACCUUCACAAGUCAUUAGAUCAAGAAGAGGGUCUAAAGGCAAAGGAAUCCCACCUGGUAAAGCUAAUCUAGGAAGAAUUAACAUAUCUUUACAGUACAAGCAGACAACCUGUGACCUAUUUGUUAAGAUUAUUCAGGCACGUGAUCUACCCUGUAAAGACCUACGCCGCAAUACUUCAUCACCAUAUGUCCGCGUGUAUGCCCUGCCCUCUCGAAGACACAAUCAUCGAACGAACGUCAUUUCAAACAACCUGAACCCAACAUUCAACGAACUGUUUAUCAUUAGUGGACUGACUCUUAUGGAAGUCCARCAGCUGAGUCUCCAAAUACUUGUGAUUCACAACGAGAUCAUAUCAAGAAAUGUUGUCAUUGGAGAGGUGAUGGUACCGUUAGCAAGCUUAGAUCUCGCUGGAGGUGAAGCACAGAUAUGGAGAGACAUCAAACCAUACCAUUUUCAAAAUGUGCUAGGUGAGCUUCACAUCUCAGUAUGCCAUCAACCUUUAUCAAGCAGAYUAUCUGUAACCGUACUACAAGCACGAAAUUUACCAAAAAUCAGCAACUUAAAUAUUGGAGAUCCUUACGUAAAAAUAGAAUUAUUUUCAUCAAGAUCACGUGUAUCCAAGAAAAAAACCCGUGUAAAGAAGAAAACAGUGAACCCUAAAUUUGCACAAACUUUCACAUUCGACCUUGCAGCAGACGCRGUGCUGGACUUAAUGACWAUGACGUUUACUAUUAUGGUCCAGGACUCUAGCGGCUGCCACGAGCGAAUAGGGCAAGUCGUACUCAGUGCCUCCUCGGACGGACCGGAGUUCGGGCACUGGUCACAAGUCAUAGCAAAUCCCCAUUGUCCUAUAGAACAAUGGCACAUGAUUCACGAAUAAUUGAAAAACACAAAUGAGGUAGUGGCCCACGUCACAAGAGGGGGUAGGUUGGGUCGAAGUUUUUGGCCCAUGAGGGGGUAGGGGUGGAUUGAAUCAAAUGUUAAAAUCACGGAAAUUAUUAAAGACACAAUAAGAAAUAAGUGCAGUGUUUUGCGAGAAGGGAGGAUGCGACACAAUAACAAAUUAUUAUUUAUUACAAUCCUCGAAAGCCUGCGAAUUAGUCACUAGGUAUAACUCGUACCGUACGCAUCAGGAAUUACAACUGACUUCCGUGCGUUCAUAUCAGAUCGCCAAAAUUAUGAAUUUUGCGCACCUUGUGUUAUUUUCACAUACUGUCAACAUCUAUGGACGCGCGUUGUAAUGACAGCUGACCAACCUAGAACUUUGCCAGUAACUAUAAUCGAAUUCGCUAUCACACCCAACACAAUUCCAUUCGACCAUACAUAUGUAAUAUUUGUGGUCAGUAUUUAGAAUAUUUCAACUCCUUUUAUCAAUGCUUUAUUAACAAUAUAUAUGUGCUCUUUUCGAAUAUAUGAUAUCAAUAUAAUAUUGAUAAUAUUAUAAUUUAUCA